AUGCCCUUCAUAGAACCAGAUAUUGAUGAACAGCUGGAGACAUCCUCUCCGGACUCUUCUAAUGAAAAUUCCCCCUUAAGCCCUCCUGGAGAACAGGGUCAGGGUGAUGGCCCACCUCAGUUGGAAGAUGAGGAGCCUGCAUUUCCACAUACUGAUCUGGCAAAGCUUGAUGAUAUGAUUAACAGAUCACGUUGGGUUGUUCCAGUUUUGCCUAAAGGUGAAUUAGAAGUCCUUUUAGAAGCUGCUAUAGAUCUUAGUAAAAAAGGUCUUGAUGUUAAAAGUGAAGCAUGUCAACGAUUUUUCCGAGAUGGUUUAACAAUAUCGUUUACCAAAAUACUUACAGAUGAAGCCGUGAGUGGAUGGAAAUUUGAAAUACAUAGGUGCAUUAUAAACAAUACUCAUCGACUAAUAGAACUAUGUGUUGCCAAGCUGUCUCAAGACUGGUUUCCUCUUCUUGAACUUCUUGCUAUGGCCUUAAAUCCUCACUGCAAAUUCCAUAUCUACAAUAGUUCUCGUCCAUCUGAGACUGUUCCUGCAGGAACACAGCUAGCAGAAGAUGAACUUUAUGCACGUCCUCCUGAUCCACGUUCACCAAAGGGCUGGUUAGUUGAUCUUAUCAACAAGUUUGGUACAUUGAAUGGGUUUCAAAUUCUUCUUGAUCGCUUUUUGAGCAACACAGCACUAAAUGUUCAAAUAAUUGCAGCACUUAUCAAGUUUUGUAGAUUUCAAGAUGCAUCCUUAUGCUUUUCAUCUUUUCAUUCAAAUGAGUGGAUUCAGCAAAACAGCAUAUUGUCAAUCGUACUUCGUGACAGCCUUCAUCAGCCUCAGUAUGUUGAGAAAUUGGAGAAGAUACUUCGAUUUGUUAUUAAAGAAAAAGCUCUUACCCUGCAAGAUCUUGACAAUAUCUGGGCAGCACAGGCAGGAAAGCAUGAGGCCAUUGUUAAAAAUGUCCAUGACCUUCUCGCUAAAUUGGCAUGGGAUUUCUCUCCUGAGCAACUUGAUCACUUGUUUGAUUGCUUUAAGGCAAGCUGGACUAAUGCAAGUAAAAAGCAGCGGGAAAAAUUACUUGAGUUAAUAAGAAGGCUUGCGGAGGAUGAUAAGGAUGGAGUAAUGGCGCACAAAGUGUUGAAUCUUCUGUGGAACUUGGCACAUAGUGAUGAUGUUCCUGUGGAUAUCAUGGACCAAGCUCUGAGUGCCCAUAUCAAAAUCCUGGAUUACAGUUGUUCACAAGAUCGUGAUGCACAAAAGAUUCAGUGGAUAGAUCGGUUCAUAGAAGAACUACGUACUAAUGAUAAAUGGGUCAUUCCUGCACUGAAGCAAAUCAGAGAAAUAUGCAGCUUAUUUGGAGAGGCACCACAAAAUCUGAGUCAGACCCAGCGAAGUCCUCAUGUAUUUUAUCGCCAUGACUUGAUUAACCAGCUACAGCAUAAUCAUGCUCUUGUUACUUUAGUAGCUGAGAAUCUUUCAUCUUACAUGGAAAGUAUGAGGCACUAUGCAAAAGAGCAUCCAGAUUAUGAUCCACAGACUGUAAGACCAUGUUCUAGAUAUAGUCACGUGCAAGAAGUUCAAGAACGAUUAAAUUUUCUAAGGUUUCUUUUGAAGGAUGGUCAGCUAUGGCUGUGUGCUCCCCAAGCCAAACAGAUAUGGAGAUGUCUUGCAGAAAAUGCUGUUUUUCUGUGUGAUCGGGAAUCUUGUUUUAAAUGGUACUCCAAACUAAUGGGUGACGAACCGGAUUUGGACCCUGACAUAAAUAAGGAUUUCUUUGAAAAUAAUGUACUUCAGCUUGAUCCUUCACUUCUAACAGAAAAUGGGAUGAAAUGUUUUGAGAGGUUCUUUAAAGCUGUAAACUGUCGGGAAGGGAAGCUGGUAUCAAAAAGGAGAGCCUACAUGAUGGAUAAUUUGGAGUUAAUAGGUCUGGAUUAUCUUUGGAGGGUUGUAAUUCAGGGAAAUGACGAUAUUGCUGGCAGAGCUAUUGACCUUCUUAAAGAGAUCUACACUAACCUUGGACCUAGACUGCAAGUUAAUCAGGUAAAAAUGCUUGAAGUGCAACAUUUAGCGUUUCGUGGAAAACAUGUUACUCUUGUAGUGCGCUUUCCAAAUCAGGGUCGCCAAGUAGAGGAUUUAGAUAUAUGUUCUCACACGAAUGAUACCAUUGGAUCUGUACGUCGUUCCAUUUUAAAUAGAAUAAAAGCUAACAGUGCACAUACAAAAGUAGAACUUUUUAUUGGUGGAGAACUUGUGGAUCCUGCAGAUGACAGAAAGUUAAUUGGACUUCUGAAUUUUAAAGAUAAAACGCUAAUUACAGCCAAACUUACGCAGAUAAGCUCAAAUAUGCCUUCAAGUCCUGAUAGUUCAUCAGACUCUUCAACUGGUUCUCCAGGAAAUCAUGGUAAUCACUACAGUGAAGGACCCAACCCAGAAGUUGAAGGCUGCUUGCCUGGAGUGAUCAUGUCCCUGCAUCCUAGAUACAUCUCAUUUCUUUGGCAAGUAGCUGACCUUGGUUGCAGCUUGAAUAUGCCAUUACUUAGAGAUGGUGCUCGUAUACUCAUGAAACUUAUGCCUCCUGAUAACACUACUGUAGAAAAACUCAGAGCAAUUUGUUUAGACCAUGCAAAGCUUGGAGACAGUAGCCUUAGCCCUUCACUCGACUCGCUUUUUUUUGGCCCUUCACCUUCACAAGUGUUGUAUCUAACAGAGGUAAUUUAUUCAUUGCUAAUGCCUGCCAUUGCACCACUGGGAGAAGAUGCCAUUGAUUUCCAGUAUAACUUCCUUAAAAGUGGAGGGUUACCUCUUGUUUUGAGUAUGCUUACAAGAAAUAACUUCCUGCCAAAUGCUGACACAGAAACAAGACGAGGUGCUUAUUUAAAUGCUUUAAAAAUCGCCAAGUUGAUGCUAACAGCGGUUGCAUAUGGUCAUGUUCGAGCAGCAGUUGAAGCAUGUCAGCCCUCAAUGGAUGGAACAAGCCAAAUCUCCCCGACAGGGUGUAUGCCUUCUCACAAGCCCUCUCCACAGGUCCACAGAGACGACGGGUCUCAGGGUGCUAUCUCUUCUGAAACCUCUCCAGAAUAUCCCACUAAAGAGGUCCUUCAGAAGAGGGCUUGCAAGAUAAAGCAUUUGGAUUUACCAAAGUCUAUCACAUCUGACACCAACCUCGAUAAAGCAGAAGAAUCCACACCAUCAACUCCUGAUGAUGUCUCUUUUGGAGACCUCCUGGAACUAUUAAAAGAGAGAGAUGAUUGGCAGUCUUCCAGCCCUUCACUUGAGUCUGUCUUCUUGAAGGCCUUUGUGUUUCGCCCAUCAACUUCUUGUGUGACUCCCCCUUUUGAUGAGUUUAUCGAAUUAAUCUCUCAAAAGGCUUGGGAGACCCCAAAUACCGUACACCCUACUCCUAGGACGCCAAGUAAAUACAUCACUGCUCUAGAAGAAAAGGAUUUUCUUACAAAAGGUGCAUCAGUUGAUGCCAUGGUCGUGGUGGCGGCCACUUUAAGGGAACUCAGACAAGUGAACUUGGACCUUCUCCAGCUGGAGUUACGAGUAAGAAUUGGAUUAAAAAAAGAUGGUGGCAAAACUUACCCCAGACAGGAUAUUGUCCCUUCACCACCAGAUCAAGAUAUUGAUAUCAAAAACAAAGGUCCAGGCCAGGUGGCAGCUUGUCAUUGUUUGUUUGUUUUGCAGGCUUCUAAGUAUGCUCCUGAUGUUUGUGUAAUUAAAGCUGUACAGAAAAUAAUCUGGGCAUCAGGUUGUGGUUCAGUUCAGCUAGUUUUUAGCUCCAAUGAAGAAAUUAGUAAAAUUUAUGAAAAGACAAAUGCAGGAAAUGAGCCAGAUGCUGAUGAUGAGCAGGUUUGCUGUGAAGCACUGGAAGUGAUGACACUGUGCUUUGCUUUAGUUCCAACAGCACUUGAUACACUUAGUAAAGAAAAGGCAUGGCAGACUUUCAUCAUUGACUUACUGUUGCAUUGCCAGAGCAGGGGUGUGCGUCAGAUGGCUCAGGAACAGUUCUUCCUUAUGGCUACAAGAUGCUGCAUGGGACACAGACCUCUACUCUUUUUUAUUACUCUACUUUUUACUGUUCUAGGAAGUACUGCAAGAGAGAGAGCUAAGCAUGCUGCAGACUAUUUUACACUUUUAAGGCAUCUACUCAGUUACGCUUUUAACAGCAGCAUAAACCUGCCGAAUGCUGAAGUUCUUCUCAACAACGAAAUUGACUGGCUGAAGAGAAUCCGGGAUGAAGUGAAAAGAUCUGGUGAUACUGGUGUGGAAGAGACUAUCCUGGAGGGGCAUCUUGGUGUAACAAAAGAAUUGCUGGCAUUCCAAACCUCAGAAAAGAAGUACUACAUUGGCUGUGAAAAAGGAGGAGCUAACCUUAUCAAGGAACUGAUAGAUGACUUCAUUUUUCCAGCAUCAAGUGUGUAUUUGCAGUAUAAGAAGACUGGAGAAUUACCUUCUGAGCAAGCAAUACCAGUCUGCAGUUCUCCUUCCACUAUCAAUGCUGGUUUUGAGCUUCUGGUGGCGUUAGCUGUGGGCUGUGUUCGAAACCUAAAGCAGAUUGUAGACACCUUGACUGAUAUGUAUUAUACAGGUUGCGAAGCACUUACUGAAUGGGAGUACCUGCCACCUGUUGGACCUAGGCCUCCUAAAGGGUUUGUGGGCUUAAAGAAUGCUGGUGCUACCUGUUACAUGAACUCUGUUAUCCAACAGUUGUAUAUGAUUCCAGCCAUUAGAAAUGGUAUCCUUUCAGUUGAAGGGACAGGUAGCGAUGUAGAUGAUGACUUGUCUGGUGAUGAGAAACAGGACAGUGAGACUAGUGCCAUCCCAAAGGAUAACAUUUUUGGCUGGGUACACAAGUCUCAGGAUAAAAAAACUUCUCUUAAAGCCUCCACUAGGAAACUCUACAAUAAUGGAGUACUGAAACGUUUGCAAGUGCCGUUCGGCGUCCUGAAAUUUUCGCAGUUGCGUUAUUAUUUGAGCAGAACUAAAGGGUUCAGGCAGUCUCAACAGCUGUGGGGUGAGCCAGUUAACUUACGGGAACAGCACGAUGCUUUGGAAUUCUUCAAUUCAUUAGUAGACAGUUUGGAUGAAUCUCUGAAAGCACUUGGUCAAACAACUAUGCUAAGCAGAGUUCUAGGAGGUUCGUUUGCUGAUCAGAAAAUUUGUCAGGGUUGUCCUCAUAAGUAUGAAUGUGAAGAGUCAUUUACAACACUGAAUGUGGAUAUCAGAAACCACCAAAACUUACUUGAUUCUUUGGAGCAGUAUGUCAAAGGUGAUCUGUUAGAGGGUGCAAAUGCUUAUCAUUGUGAAAAGUGCAAUAAAAAGGUUGAUACAGUGAAGCGUUUGCUAAUUAAGAAAUUGCCUCCUGUCCUUGCCAUCCAGCUGAAGCGGUUUGAUUACGACUGGGAAAGAGAAUGUGCAAUUAAAUUCAAUGACUAUUUUGAAUUUCCACGAGAACUGGAUAUGGAGCCUUACACUGUGGCAGGAGUAGCCAAACAGGAGGGAGAUGAUGUAUAUUCUGAAAACCAGUCAGUACAAAAUGAUCAGCCAGAUAAUGAGCAGCCAGGAAGCACAAAAUACAGACUCGUAGGGGUUUUAGUACAUAGUGGCCAAGCCAGUGGUGGACACUAUUACUCUUAUAUCAUUCAAAGAAAUGGUGGAGAUGGGGAAAAAAAUCGAUGGUAUAAGUUUGAUGAUGGGGAUGUGACAGAGUGCAAAAUGGAUGAUGACGAAGAAAUGAAAAACCAAUGUUUUGGUGGAGAAUACAUGGGAGAGGUAUUUGAUCACAUGAUGAAGCGUAUGUCAUACAGGCGUCAGAAAAGAUGGUGGAAUGCUUACAUCCUUUUCUAUGAACGUAUGGACACCCUGGACAAAGAUGGUGAAUUAGUCAAAUUCAUCACUGAGCUGGCAUUAAACACAAAACCUCACCAGAUUAAAAUGCCUACAGCUAUUGAACGAAGUGUUCGAAAACAAAAUGUGCAGUUCAUGCAUAGUCGUAUGCAGUACAGCCUGGAAUAUUUCCAAUUUAUGAAAAAGAUUUUAACCUGUAACAGCAGUUAUUUAAAUCCUCCUACAGGACAAGACCAUCUGUCACCUGAAGCAGAAGAAAUAGCUACGAUUAGUAUUCAGCUUGCUGCUAGAUUUCUUUUUACUACUGGGUUUCACACCAAGAAGAUAGUUCGUGGCCCUGCAAGUGACUGGUAUGAUGCAUUGUGCAUCUUGCUUCGUCACAGUAAGAAUGUACGCUACUGGUUUGCACAGAACGUCCUUUUUGCUCACCCAAACCGCUUUUCGGAGUACCUUUUGGAGUGUCCAAGUACAGAAGUAAGAGCUGCAUUUGCUAAGCUUAUAGUAUUUAUUGCACAUUUUUCUCUACAAGAUGGACCAUGCCCUUCACCAUUUUCUUCCCCUGGAACAUCCAGUCAGGCAUACGACAAUUUAAGCUUGAGUGACCACUUAUUACGAGCAGUACUAAACCUUCUACGUAGGGAGGUGUCUGAACAUGGGCGUCAUUUGCAGCAGUACUUCAAUCUGUUUGUCAUGUAUGCCAACCUAGGAACAGCUGAAAAGACGCAGCUUCUGAAAUUGAAUGUGCCUGCCACAUUUAUGCUUGUAGCACUGGAUGAAGGCCCAGGCCCACCAAUCAAGUAUCAGUAUGCUGAACUGGGCAAGCUGUACACAGUGGUGUCUCAGCUUAUCCGAUGUUGUGAUGUAUCAUCACGCAUGCAUUCUUCGAUCACUGGUAACCCACCACUUCCAAACCCCUAUGGCGAUCCCAGUUUGUCACAGCCUAUAAUGCCACUUCAGCAAAAUGUAGCAGAAAUUCUGUGUUCCCGAACAAGUUAUGUGAAAAAGAUCAUUGAAGACUGCAGCAAUUCAGAUGAGACUAUUAAAUUGCUUCGCUUUUGUUGUUGGGAAAACCCCCAGUUUUCAUCUACCGUACUGAGUGAACUUCUGUGGCAGGUGGCAUAUUCCUACACCUAUGAGCUUAGGCCAUACUUGGACCUGCUUUUGCAAAUUUUAUUAACAGAAGAUUCGUGGCAGACUCACAGGAUUCACAAUGCACUUAAAGGGAUACCUGAUGACAGGGAUGGCUUGUUCGAUACCAUUCAACGUGCUAAGAACCACUAUCAAAAGAGAGCCUACCAGUGCAUUAAAUGUAUGGUUGCACUGUUCAGCAAUUGUCCUGUGGCCUACCAAAUUCUGCAGAGUAAUGGUGAUUUGAAAAGGAAGUGGACAUGGGCAGUAGAAUGGUUAGGCGAUGAGUUGGAGCGAAGGCCAUAUACUGGAAAUCCACAAUACACAUACAACAAUUGGUCACCACCUGUUCAGAGCAAUGAAACAUCAAAUGGCUAUUUUUUGGAACGUUCACACAGUGCUAGACUGACUCUGGCAAAGGCAUGUGAACUCUGCCCUGAGGAGGAGCCAGAUGAUCAAGACGCCCCAGAUGAGCAUGAAUCUUCUCCUCCUGAAGAUGCACCUUUAUAUCCUCAUUCACCUGGUUCUCAGUAUCAGCAGAAUAAUCAUGUACAUAGUCAGCCUUACACCGGCCCAGCAGCACAUCAUAUGAACAAUCCUCCACGAACAGGUCCACGAGCACAAGAAAACUGGGAUGCCAAUGAAGAAGCACCUCUUUCUCAAACAAAGGAAUAACAAAUGCACACAGGUUGACUCCCUGCUUCAAAACUUAGCACUUUGUGUGCACCCAGGCCUUACAGUGCAACCUUAUCCAGGUCCAACAAAAUAUUUAAAAAAUAUAUAUUAUAUAUUAUAUAUAUAUAUAUAUAUAUAUAUAUAUAUAUAUAUAUAUAUAUAUAUAUAUAUAUAUAAACUUUUCCUGACUCGGAGAGGAGUCCAUUCAUCGUCUUACCUGCAGAAUGUUGCUGUCAAUAUAUACCUGCCUGCAGUGGAAAGUGUAUAGUGUUUUGUAAUAAAUGGCCUGAUACUAAUGUGUAAAUGGCAAAGAUGUAUAUAGUAUAUUAAUGUUUGACUGUUAAUUCCUAAGCAAGACUUUUCUGGCUUGAGGAGGUCAGAUCUGUUUAAAAAAAAAGACAAAAGCAGCAGCAGCACCGAAUUUCUCCUUCCUUAUCACCUCUAUUCUUUAUUGAGGAUUGUCUUGCCUCCUGGAAGAUGGAUCACUCUUACAACAGAAACCUCUCUGUCAACCAUAAAAUUCAACAAUUCUUGCCACUGGAAGCAAUUUUACUAGGACAGCAUAAUGAGUGGUAUAGCUCUGUAAUCUGGUUGAUGUGGAAAGUGGUGAUGUAACAUUGUUCUAGCUCUCUUCAUUGCCUUUUUUCAUUCUGGUAUUCGUUAAAUCAUCUUGAGGCUAUAGUUAUGCUGUAACAUUUAGCAUGGCUUCUCACCACGUUAAUAUAGCCAGUGGGGAAUUGACCAUAAAAGGACAGCGGUCAUCCCAAAUUCACAGCUGCUGUGCUUUAAGGGUUUUUCCCCUAGUUCACUUUGAUGGCUAUAACAGUGAAAAAUGUUAACAAGUGACUUUAAGUUGCACAUGUAUUCCUCAGAUUAUUUGGCAAUCUGUGGGUGGGAUACAGAACAGUUAGUUUUCAGUAAUAGGAAUUAAAAAUAUAUGCAACAAUUUGCUACGCCAGGAUGCCUGGAGCAUUAUAGACUGUAUUUGGUGUGCUUGUUUUAUUUCUUUUGUAGACUGUAUUAGAUGAUCUUCUAACAUGUUUCUGUCCUUCUCCAACUGUUGCCCAGUUGAGUGGAAGCUGCAGAGUUCUGAGUGCCACUGAACAGGGCAGCUUGCUGGUAUGUUUCCCAAUCAGAUCUGUUUCAAAGCAAGAAUUUUUUGCUCUUUAUCUCUUAUAAAGUCUCAUUAUUAGAAGCAGGAUUGUAACUGCAUACUGCUGGUUAGGCAGUGACAAUUCUUAGAGAUUUCUAUUCCAAAAAGGCGUCGCUGUUUAAAGAAACAAAUCAGUAAAUACUGUAUUUAAAAAAAGAAAAUUGGUAACUUAAAUGUGUGUUAUUUUUUUGAACUUGUCUAAAAAACCAAAUACCCCAUGCAGAGCAAGUAAGUCCCACCCUGUUAUAUUUAAAUAUUUUGCUGUUUAUUUUAUAGAAAAUAUUUUGCUGAAUUCUCAAAAUAGACUUUGAUUUAAGAAAACACUUGUCCUGUGUUAUUUUUAAAAUAAAACAGUUACUGUGGAAUUCAUAUCCCACAGUAAUUUUUAUACAUCAUAUGAUGAAGAGUUCUGGAGCAGCAGUUCCGAUAUGGUCUUUCACUUUGUGGGAGUUUGUGCAUAGAAAUAUGCUUUAAAGCAUUGGCCCCUUAGCAAGAAUAAAUUAAAAUGUUGACACUUUGAAUGUCUCUAAUGUCAUUUAUGUUAUAUUUUUAUAUUAUGUUGUCAAUUUUGUGCUAAAUUAACAAAAAUACAAUUUGUAAACCAGACUGCAGAAUUCUAAAGCUUUUUAUUACCUUGUAUAUUCAUCUCUCUUUCUGAGCAGGAUUGAUUUUUUUAAGGCAGAAAAAGUGUUAACCAUUAGCUUCAUUGUUUGAUCUUAUCCUGGCAGUUCCAAACUCUGUUGUGAGCUACAGCUUUUACAUAGCAGUUCUUACUGAUAUAGUUGUACAUCAUCACUCACUAAUGAUACCAUAGAAGACAUCAACCAUAGCUGGUAUUCUCCGUUGUCAGUGACUGUGCAUAAUACAUGUUUUGAAUUGGGGUUUUGACCAUCUUUUUUUUUUUUGUGAAUUUGUUUUACUUUAUAAUCUUACUUUACCGUUUUCCUCCGUGGGUCUCUUUACAGUGUCAUCCUUUCUUCAGACCUAUCUUGUGUAACAGUAAGAUGUUCUGGCUGUAUAUCCAGAGGCCAUGUUUGAUUGUUUGGCUCAUUUAACAAUGUUCAGUUUUGCACUUUUGAAUUGUGAUUAGCACACACUAAAAUGCUAGGGCUAAAUGGAUGAAUUGAUAUACUUUAUGAAUUCUGUCAUUUAUGGUGAUGACAGUUUCUUAAGUCUCAUCCUGUAUACAAAUAAAAACUUUUAUUACUAA